CAUCAUAUGGCUGUGCAGCCAGACCCGAUUGUUUUUUGGUUUUUUAAGAGUUUAGACCUUUUGAAAUCACUAGGAACUUUAAAUUAUGGUGGAGCCACAAGGUUCUACGAGAAACUAUACCAGAUUACCUUCCACCAACUGCGAACUUAAGCCAGUCGAUGUGUUCAAACAGGCUGUUCCUAAGCUUAUCCCAUUCUUCAAGACAUUCUGUAUCUACUUCAUACUGUGGCUUCCAGAAGCAGAGAAUCCUACAAUACUUGCGGCUGUGAUCAAGAUUCUACCCAUCUUAUGCCUCUGUGGUUUUGUUAUCAUGCAAGGAGUGAGCCUGUCGGCCAACCAUGACUACAAUCGACGCAUUCUCCUAGGCCUUAUCUUCUCUCUGUUUGGUGAUAUAUUUAUUGUGUGGGAACACAGCCACUUUCACUUUGGUGUUGUUUCAUUUGGUGUGGCUCAUCUGUUGUAUGCUACAGCAUUUGGCUUUGAACCAAUAAACGUAAUGGUAUUUUUGGCUCUCCUGGUCCCAAGUGUGCAGACAUAUUGCUUAUACCUGCCAAACUUGGAAGGUUUCCUAAUAGGAGCCAUUGGAGGGUACAUGCUUAUGAUUACGAUCAUGAUUUGGAGAGCCAUUACAGGUCUGCAGGUUUCUUUACGUGGCAAAGCCUGGCAAUGGACCAAACUUUGUUCCUGUAUAGGUGCUGUUUCGUUUGGUAUUUCAGAUCUGAUUCUUGGCUUAAACAAGUUCUACUUACCAAUCCCUUUUGCCCGGGCCAUUGUCAUGGUAACAUACUACGGUGCACAAUUGGGAAUUGCCUUGUCUUCGUUCACAGUCAACCAGGGUGAAAUACAAAAAGCCAAGAAAUAACUUCGUUUGAUAUUGCAGCCUCAAUAAGUUAGACAGUAACUGGUUGCUGCCAGAGAAGGGUGGGUGGGGGAGGGAGGUGAGGUGAAUCAGUGAAUGAAAAAGUAAAAGAGAUAGGAAAGAAUACACAUUUUACCUAGAAGGAAAAAAAAACAAAAACAUUGAUUAUGGCCCAACCCACGCCACAGAAAAAUUUUAUCAAAAAAGUCCUGUCUCCUUGUCGUUUUUAUGUCAAAGCACCCUCACUGAGGUUGUACAAAAUUUUAUAUUUACUCGAAUCAGUUGCCAAUUAUUUUAGGAAUCCUUAAAAUUAUUUAAUUAUCGUUCAUAGUGGUUUCAAUUUUUUAAAGAAACAUUUUAUACCAUUUUGAUAAUGAUCAGGUUUAUUCUGACAGUCUGGUAAGCAAAUCUCAAUUGCAGACUAUCCACAAGCUCACAGCAGGCAGAUGUAUGCCAAGAUUAUUAAGUGUCCUUGUAGCAUGCACAAAAUGUUUUCAUACAUCUUGUCUACUUGACCCUCAUCAUAACAAUCAGCUGAAAAUUUUCAGUGUGCCUAGUAUGUAUAAGAAGUUUAAAAGUGUUAAAAGUGCAAAAUAGUUCUUUUUUAACCUUUUAAACUGUUAUAUAUAUUUUAAUGAGUAAUGCAUGUAAUAAUUUGUCGGUAAAAGCAUGAUUCUCCUGUCAUUUUCUUGCUGUCCUCAUGACAAUUUUGAGGAAAAUUUUAGAAAUUCGAAGAUUUACUUUGUUUCUAAAAUCCAUCCUAAGUAUUGCUUUAGCUGAGCCAGUUUCAUUAAUGAAAGUAAAUCUUCAGAUAAACAAAAAAUUACAUAUCAAUUUUACUUAAAUUAAGAUACAUGUAAUGUCAUUUACCUUAUUAAAAGAAAGUAAUUCCUGA